AUGGGAUUUCAGAAGAACUUCUCCAACAAAUUCCAGGCAAAACCGUUCAUUCCUAACCAUAACCGCUUCCAAGGUGGUAACCAGCAGCCUUUCGCCAAUGUUCAGAAGAAACCGUCUUUCACCAACAUGCAACCGGGUCAGUCUUCAGCCAACAGUUCUCAAGACGAGCUGAAGAACAUGAUGCAGCAGCUUUUGGUGAACCAACAGAAAGCUUCUACGGAAAUCAAUUCCAAAGUAGACUCAAUGUACAACAACCUCAAUGGAAAGUUUGAGGCCGUUUGGACACACAUGAAGAAGCUGGAUAUUCAGAUUGCGCAGACUGCUGAAGCCGUGAAGCGACCUCCUAGAACCUUACCAGGAAAAACUGCUCCGCCAACAAGCACGUACAAAAGAAAAGGAAUCGCUACCGAGCAAGUGCUCGGUCCUGAAACCUCUGAUCCAGGCCAAGACAAAGUUGAUCGACGGGAGCACCCUGAGACUUCAACCGAGCACGUGCUCCGACCUUCUGACCAGGCCAGAUCGACUGACACACCUCCAGCACGAGUUUACAUGCCUAGAGUGCCAUACCCUGUUCCGCCAAAGAAAUCCCAAAAAGACUUGGAGGAUGCGAAGUGUCGAGAGAUGUUGCGAGACUUGACCCUGAAGAUACCCUUAGUUGAUGCUGUUCAGAUGGUACCUGCUCUGAAACGGUUUAUGAAAGGGUUAGUUUCUGGGAGAGUCUCCGAAGAGGAGAAUGUCAUGAUGGUUUCGAGAGAGUGCAGUGCUGUGCUGCAAAACAAGGUGCUGAAAAAGAGAGAUGAUCCGGGGCGAUUUUUCUUGUCCGUGAAAAUCGGUAACACGGUUUUCGCGAGGUCCCUCUGCAAUCUUGGCUCAAGUGUGAACCUUAUGCUAUACUCGGUGGCGAAAAGACUGGGGUACACGAAGUUCAAGUCCACUAGAAUUUCGUUGGUAUUCGCUGAUAGGUCAACCAAGUUUCCGAUUGGAGUGCUGGAGGAUCUACAUGUUAAGAUCGGCGACACACUUAUCCUAGCAGACUUUGUGGUUCUGGAACUUGACGAGGAACCACGCGACCCACUGAUUUUGGGUCGGUCCUUCCUGAGCACAGCUGGUGCGAUCAUUGACGUACAUGAGGGGAUAAUCGAUCUCCAACUGGGAGAUAUGAUUGUGAGGUUUGAGAUGGACAAGCUCCUCAAGAAACCGAUGAUUGAUGGUCAGACGUUUGUGAUAGAUGAUGGUUCAGAUGUCGCAGAUGAGGUAGCUGACAAGCUCUUAGCUCUUGACCCUUUGGAGACAGUCCUGACUAAAGCAGAGGGAGAGUUUGGUUUCUUAAGUGAGGAAGCUGAAGUACUAGCAAGGAUGCUGGAUGCGAGUGCAGAGUUUCGGAAACUGGUCGCAUACGCUAGCCUGGACAAUGAGGAAGACUCCGCAGAGAAAUCAGCUGAGGGAGCACCUGCUCCAAAUCCCGGAGCACCUGCUCCGGCCGAGUCUACCGAUGGUCCGUGGAGCGAGCUGCGAGCUCCCAAGAUCGAGCUCAAACCACUUCCUGCCGGGCUAAGGUACCCAUGGCUCCUAAGCACUCCUCUAGUCGCAAAGGCAAAGCGCAUGCAGCACCUCAACCACCACCACCUCCGCCACCUCCGUUCCCAAACAAGCUCCUCCACCCGUGGCCUCGCAAAGAGAGCGAGCCGUUCGAUCUCUUAG